AAGAUAUCCCCUUGCAGUGCUCACACCAGAAGACAUGGAUUCAUGAUCGGCAUAUUCGGCCGAUGGCUGCCUCGAUCACUGCGUUGAUUCUGAGAAGGUAGUCCAUUUCUUCCUUGUCUCCAUUCUCCUCAUUUCGAGCAACAGCAUCGCUUGACCAAACCAUGAACAACCCUCAAUUUCCCUAGCCCACGCCUUUUUAGGCGUCCAUUCCUGUUUGUCUCCACCUCAGCCUCGUCACCUCUGAACCAUGGCCACUCCCACCAGAUCACAGAACAUCUCAACUCCAAAAGCCCACCUCUCUACCCCAAGCAGACUUAUGGCCUCUCCACGCCCCGGAACCGCUUCUGCCCCUGCUUCAAACCGUCCCUUGGCCCAUAAAUCUCCCGCUGUCAAGACGCCUGCCUCCACUCAAGGCCAUGUCCAUCACGUCAGUGUCUCCUCUCAGCCCUCAUCCACUCCUCUCGCGGCAGCCGCAAUCCAUGACGACCUCCUCGCCCUCAACUCCCCGGCGGCAGCGCUCAUGUCCAGCUUUGGGCCAUCAGGCUUGACCCCGCUUGGAGCAAAUGCAGAUGGUCUCGGUAUCACUGCAAGCAUGAACGGAGCAGCCCACACCAUGUCUGAUAUGCCCCUCAGCCCAGAGACAGAACGUCUUGCCAGGGCCCACCUCAUCGCCGACCUCCUCAGGACUCGCAUUGCUGGGAGGGGUAUCACGCGUCAGGGCGUAGAGCGAACAGCGCAGCUCCAUGGUCUGGAGGCUCUGUGGGAGAACAAUGUGCUCACUGUGGCUGGAAAUACGGUAGACCUUGAAAUAACAUUUGACUCGCUCAAUAGCGACUUGGUCAAGAUCGUCAGCCUCAAACUCUUGAUCACCGAAACCGAUGAUCCUCAGAGUCAGCCUCAAGGCACUGCCAUCCUACAGAGUAGCCUGGCCCCCUCAAAGUCCCGGGAUGGCGUCGUUCAAUGGAAUGACCUGACUGAUUUCAACUCCAACUUGCGCUAUCUCGGUUCGCUUGACAAGAUCAAACUCAAAGGCGGAGUUACUUGCUUCGCUGCGGUCACUGAUCUUUUCAAUGCUUUCCAGAAAGUUUGGGAUGCUGAAACAGAUAAGCUGAGUCUACACAGCACAUCUCACCAUAUCAGACGGGGCUCGGUGGGAAGGCCAUCAAUCGACCGUCCCCCUCACCUCGGUAUCUCACUUGACUUCUGGUGUCACGGUCAUCGUCUUCCAGCCAGUGCCUCUGAAAAUGAGCAAGAUUUGCUGGAGAAUGAAGGCGAUCUUUUCACGGCUCGGAUUUCUUGUGAAGCAGGUGAUCCUGCCACGGCUCUGACUGCCGACUGGGUUUCAAGUCAAGUCCUCUCGAUACAAGCCCGUGCAGAUUCUCUAUUGGAUGCCGAUGCUGAUGCCCUCAUGCCGGACUGGCAGGACCCAGCCACCGGAGCUACGCAAGCCGAUAAUGGCACCAAAGCCGACGACAACGAUGUGGAUAUGGACAAGCCAACGCAGUCGUCUGUGUCUUUCUGCAAUAUGCAUUUUGUCUGUUGGCUCUCACCGGUGAUACACCUUCCGCUCAACGUAGCAGCUGGGCUCAAUGUUGGAGUUCCAAUGCUUGACAUCCAACAAGCGCACGCAAUCACAUACGAGAAGGCCCUCCAGAAGAACACCGUUGGAACACUCCCAGACAACAAGGACCAUCUUGCAGAAAUGAGAUGGUCUCGAACCUUCCCUAUGAUCCAGUCAGACGCAGACGGCGUUCCUCGAACUCAUUCAUAUGGUCUCAGAUCUCCUCAAAACGGAACCUUCUUAUGGUGUUAUCCUGUCAAGUCAUUGAAAUUCACUCAUCCGCGGCAACUGACCACUGCCCUACCCGUUCUCCGCCAGUAUGCUUUGCUCUGGACCAUCUUACUGAGUUUGGUUGAACAUCAUGCUUCCGGCCCAGACAAGAGUACAUCGGCCAAGAAUGGCUCUAAAGAUCAGGACCAGAUGACCCAUCCCCGUCCACUUGUACGAAGCAACGUCCCAAAGCCGGAGCUGGAACAGCUUGGCUCAUCCACGAAUGGCGUUGCUUCCUCUGACCUUUUGUCAGUCGAUGUUACUUUGGACAUCAUCUCUGAUCCGUCAAAAGCUCGUGUCGACGUGAUAAUACCACUCCAUGGCGCUCAAGCGCAGCGCAAGCGAAGCCCAUUCAUCUUGUUGUCCUUUAAUGUAUGCCUGGGCGGAACCCUUGAGAUCAAGAGUCUCAGUGGUGUUGGCCUAGGCCCUUCUACCGACAGUAGUCUCGAGGCGAGGGUGUUGCAAGUUCUAACCACUACCGAAGAUAUUGGUCUGGUUGUCGAGUGGUUACUUCUACAACAUGCCACUUCUAGCUAAGACGGCAUUGAUGAGUGUUUUGUGAUUCGCCCACGUCGGUUGAAUGACCCUCGAGUCUGAUGGCAACAAUGAGCACAUGGAAUGCCUGAUGUUCGAGACUCACAACACAGCACUCUAAUUUUGAGUAGUCAUCUAGAUAGAUGCAGCGAACAGACCAACACCGACAUCCGCAUGAAGUCUAAUUAUGUCUAGC